AAAGUCUCACCAAUGAAUACCAAUAUCGGACUGGUGCAGUCGCACCCCUUAUUGUACGACAGGGAGUCGAGGGGUUAUAAUAACCCCCGGGAGAAGGCGGAUGUUUGGGAGGUAAUCUCUCAGCAGUUGGUCCCGGAGUAUAGCUCCCUUUCGGACGAGAUGAAAGCCACUUUGGAAGAAGGACUUCAGAAAAAGUGGAAGAGUCUCAGGGACAACUUCCUGAGGGACCAUUGCCGAAGAGCCGAGGGCAAAGAAAUGAGGCCUAUUAGCGGCAAAAAUCAGGCUCUCCAAUUUUUGGAGCCGUUCUUGAUAAAUGAAAGCGUGACGGAAAGCGUGACGGGAAGAGAGAUGUAUUGCGGGGAGAGUUUGGAUGAUGAUGGAGCAAUAGCUUCUGUGUCAAGGACACAAGAAGUGGGGCCAUCAAAUCUGCCUUUUAUGCUAGAGUUUGCAAACGAUUUGCGAAAAGUCGAAGGCAAAAGUAGGCGAUUGACGCUAAAGCGGAUGGUCAUGGCGGAAGUCAUCAAAAUUAAAAAUGAAAAUGAAAUAGAAGAUGACGACGAAGAUGAUGAUGAAGCUGCACUCAGUGGAGAUCGAAGUCCAGAUGAUGCUCGAGGGCAUAUGUCUGGGACAGAAGAGGAGGUGGGCAACAGCUUUGCAUCCGAGGUUGCAAAGCAUAUGGAUAACCUCGGUUUUUUGAAAAGAAACAGUUUCAAAUCCACUAUUUUGUUGUUCCUUAACAUUCUGGUACAGGGACCUCUAAAACAUACAAUGGAUAUGUACAACAUGAUGAUGAAUUUUAUUCAAUUUGAGAUUGACUUCGUCCUCGAUAUUCUCGAUAAUGCUGAAUUGUUGGACCGGAGGCGGGAGCUGUCGCUAAAGCUGGUCUCUCAAUCGUAA